AUGCAGAGGGUGGAAGCCUUUGGCCAAAGGUCCCUUCAGAGGAAUCAGGGGAGACUCUCUAAGUGCUCCGAGUGCGGGAAAUCCUUUGCUCACCGGUCCCUCCUUUUGAUCCACCAGAAGCUGCACACAGGGAGUGGAUCCCACCUGUGUUUUCUUUGUGGGAGCUCCUUUCCUGGAGUCUGGAGCUUUGCCAAACAUCUCCGGAGCCACCCUGGAGUGAAGCCUUACAAAUGCGGAGGGUGCGGGGAGCGUUUUGCUAAAGGCUCGGACCUUGGAGCCCAUCAGCGAAUCCACCAGGGAAGAAGGUCUCAGGAAUCCUGGAGGCGCUGGGGAAGAUUUCCUGGGAGACGGCGUCUUUCUAGGCCUCCCAACAGCCCGACUGAAGAGAAGCCCUGCAAGUGUGAGCAAUGUGGGCUCUGCUUUCCUCAAGCCUCACAGCUGCUUAAACAUCAGCAAAUCCACACCAGAGAGAAACCUUAUCAAUGUCUGGAGUGUGGGAAAUCUUUCCGUAAUAAACAAUUGUUUAGAAAACAUGCGAAAAUUCACACAGGAAAGAAUCCUUAUAAAUGCUUAGAGUGUGGAAAAC